GUUUUUUCGAAAGGGAUGGAAUUUAAUUCGAAACAUCGAAAAUUAUCCAAAACUAAAAAUUCUGUUCGUACUCCUUCAUCCACGAAGCCGCGUUUGACUAAGAAGAAGGUAUCUACUAGAAAACGAAAAUGCGUGUGCCUUCCUGAAAAUUAUUCAGUAGUAGAAUUCCCAGCGAUAUGGAAUGAAUUGCGACAGAAUGGUCAGCUGUGUGAUGGCACAAUCGUAUGUAGGGAUAUGAAACCAAUUCGAGUGCAUCGGGCGAUACUUUCAGCGGUCAGUCCCUAUUUCAGAGCAAUAUUUAUAAACUCUUUAAAGAAGGGAGAGCCAGAAGAGACGGAAAUCUUCGUCGAUGUCCCUAGUUAUUACAUGGGCUUAAUUCUUGAUUAUGCCUAUACAGGGACGUGUACAGUAACCGCUGAAAAUGUAGAAUAUUUGUUGCCUUACGCGGAUCAAUUUGACGUGGUCGGUGUUAUACAACUAUGUUGUCAAUUUCUCUUGCGUGAGUUGAGGCCCCACAAUUGUCUUGGGAUAUUUAAGUUUGCUAGGUGUUAUUUCUGUGGGGAAUUAGAGAAAAAAGGAAAGUUGUAUAUAAGACAGAAUUUUAGCAGAAUACUUAAAGAAUGUAGUGAAUUCAAAUCGCUCUCUUAUGAAGAAUUAGAAGACGUACUAAGAGACGAUGAAUUGAAUGUACGAAAUGAAGAAAUAGUAUUCCAAGCAGUUAAAACAUGGGUAGAACAUGAUUUAGAUAACAGAAGAAAGUGUAUUCCAUCGCUGUUAGCCUGUGUACGAUUUGGUCACAUUAGUUACAAAUAUUUUAAAUCAAAAAUUCUACAGUGGCAGCCGGUUCUAGAAGAUGAGAAGUGCCAGGAAGCAUUGUACCCAGCGGUGGUGUUUUUAACAUUAUUGGACUCAAGAGCCGGAACAGAGGCUGAUCUUAAUGAUCCGCUGGCAAGACCUCGGAUACCUUACGAAAUACUCUUCGCUGUUGGUGGCUGGAGCGCUGGUAGUCCCACUAGCUUCGUUGAAACUUAUGACACAAGAGCCGAUCGAUGGUUCCUCUCUAUCCACAUGGAUUUGACGCCUAGAGCAUAUCACGGGCUUUGUACUCUAAAUAACCUGAUCUACAUGAUCGGAGGUUUCGACGGCAGCGAUCAUUUCAACACCGUGCGAUGCUAUGACCCAGUCGCCAACACUUGGCAUGAAAGAGCUUGUAUGUAUCAAGCAAGAUGUUAUGUCAGCGUUGUCGCGCACGACGGUCUAAUUUACGCAUUGGGAGGGUACAACGGUCGCACGCGUAUGUCGUCAGUGGAGCGAUACUACCCGGACAAGAACCAGUGGGAGAUGACCACGCCCAUGAACAAACAGCGGUCCGACGCCAGUGCCGCGUCUUUGACGGGCAAGAUUUACAUAGUGGGCGGAUUCAAUGGUCAAGAGGUGCUAAGCUCGGCUGAAGUGUUUGACCCUGAGACAAAGCAGUGGAGCUUCAUCAGAUCAAUGCUCAGCCCUCGGUCGGGAGUCAGUCUCAUCGCAUACCGAGACUGUCUGUAUGCACUCGGCGGAUUCAAUGGUUACAGUCGAUUAAAUACUGGCGAAAGAUUCAAUCCUCAACGAGGUGGCGAGUGGCAGGAAGUAACAGAGAUGUUCAGCGCUCGGAGUAAUUUCGCCACGGUACUACUCGACGAUAUGAUCUUUGUCAUAGGAGGAUUUAAUGGGUCGACGACGAUCCCCCACGUGGAGUGUUACGACGGCGACACGAUGGAGUGGUACGACGCUGCGCCCAUGAAUCUGAACCGGUCCGCCCUCAGCGCAUGCGUGCUGGCCGGACUGCCGAACGCGCGCUCUUUCUCCUACCUCGCCAAGGCGGUGCCCGCCGCCGGCGCAGAUCAAGCACAUCACCCCUGAAAAUUGGCCCAAAAUACUUCUGUUCGCAUCAACCAAAUUCAGCUCUCGAAGAUCCCCAAAUAUCCUUCGCGCUAUUUAAAUUCCACGUAAAUGAUAGGUACCACCAACGUCACUAAGCUUUUUCGGAUGCGAGAC